AUGUUGCUUGUAGAUUCUGCAUCAAGUUCGGAAGUUGCUUGUAUAUCCCAAGAAAAUGACGAAGACCAUAUUGUCGCAUUUCCUUGUUCUAUUGAAGUAAAAGUUGGUGAUGUUGAAAUAUCGUUAUUAUCACUUAUAGGUUCUGGUGUAGUUGGGACGUCUCCUAAACUGGAUUUCGGGAGAAUAUAG